AAUAACACUCGAGUUGUGUCCAUUCAAUGUGAACAAUGUGCGGUCGAUAGUUGCCGUGUAACAAUGAAUGUACGCUUCUUAGCUAUUUAUUAUCUUCUGUAUUUAGUAGAUGCUAAACUGGUCAGCGAAUCGACUGAAGGAAAGAAUGGAGUGACAGAAACCGUUACGGUUAUACAAACUUCCGAAGAAGAACGCGGUACCGAUAGCGAAUAUUUAACCGAAACUAUCCGCAAUCCGAGGCAUACCAAUGAAGCCAAUCCGGAAUCGAAUGUAACGCAAUCUAAACGAACGGCAAAACCGAAGGCAGCUCUCGUCAAAAAGCCGAUCCCAAAGUUUACAUACACCGAGAGUGAAGAUGAUUACCAAGCGAAAAUAAGAUUUCCGAGUAAGAUCUCAGAUACGAUAGAACACGAAGACGAAGACUUCAGCUUUGACGAUUACGACUUCGACGUCGAUCAUGAUGAGUUCGCUGGAAGAGGGAAGCCGCUGCAGCCGAGAGUGAAAGUGGAAGUGAGCAGGCAGCGCAGACCUACACCAGCAAAGGUAGAGCAGCCGCGCCCGGCUCCUAUACUGAGUCAGAGCAAAGUUGAAAUACUACACAGCGAAGGGAAACCGUCCAUCAAAGUGGUAAGAAAAGUAGCUGGUGUAAUGAAAGAAGAAUAUGACGAAGAAUUCUCAGCGAUUACUAAGUCGUCGGAAAAACAGAGACCAACGAUUGCGGUCAGAGAUACGCCAUCCUUCAGAGAGGAAACUGAAAACAGUGGAGAAGAAGAAAUGAUUCGACCGAUGAGAACCACGAGAAUGAUUCCGUUCAGUUAUGACACUUACGUGGACAAGUUGGGAGAGAAAACUUCUGAAUUUGCUACUAAAAUGUUGUCAUAUUUACCGCUGUUUCCUCAGAUGUAUUCAUCACCGAAGAAAGUAAACGACGAUGUUAUGGCUGAAAACACGGCCAUGGCAGACCCACGGCUUGGCGGUACUCUUUCUGAUUAACAUAACGGUAUCUAUAAACAUAAUAUUAUUUAAUGUAACUAUGAAAAACAAUCAUAUAUUGUAAAUUAAAGGAUAGAUUGAAUUAUUUUGACCUAUCACUUGCUAUUGAAUCGACAGUAGAUAGGAAGUUAGCGUUCGAAUAAAACAGUUGCAUUAAAA